AACAUAUCAGUGGCUAUCAGAUCAUCAAAAUGGCUUAGAGGUUCGUAGAGCAUAAUUAUAUACACCGUUUCAGAAGUCGGGAUGAAUAUUCUCUCUUUUUACUACCAUUUAACAUUUACCGUUUGAGAAGUCGGGGUGCAUAUUCUCUCUUUUUACUACCAUUUAACAUUAUUUUGUUUAUUUGUAUUAAAUAAAAUUUAACAGUAUGAAUUUUCCGGCACUAAAAAAUGAUCGUAUAUUACGAGCUUCUAGAGGUGAAGAAGUCGAUCGUAUUCCAGUGUGGGUAAUGCGUCAAGCUGGUAGAUAUUUACCGGAAUUUAGAGAGUUACGAUCACGUUAUGACUUUUUCACCAUAUGCCGAACACCUGAGCUUGCCUGCGAAGUCACUCUGCAACCAAUUCAACGGUACGACUUGGAUGCUUCUAUUAUUUUCAGUGAUAUUCUGGUGAUUGUGCAGGCAUUGGGUAUGAUAGUUGAAAUGCAACCUAGCGUUGGGCCUGUUAUUCCAGAUCCUCUUAAGGAACCCAUAGAUUUAGACAGACUGAACUCGUCUGUUGACGUCAAACAGGAAUUAGGAUAUGUGUUUGAAGCGAUAACAUUGACUCGACAUCGGUUAAAUGGCAAGGUACCUUUAAUAGGGUUUACUGGUGCACCCUGGACUCUCAUGUGUUACAUGAUAGAAGGUGGUGGUUCCAAAACAAUGUCUAAAGCCAAAAAAUGGUUGUAUAAAUAUCCAGAAGAAAGCAAAAAAUUAUUACAAUUACUUACAGACGUUAUUGUAAAAUAUCUAAUAGAACAGGUAAAAGCUGGUGCUCAAAUGUUACAAGUAUUUGAAUCCAAUGCAGAAUAUUUAAAUCUUGAACUAUUCAACAAAUUCAGUGGUCCAUAUCUGUCAGCUAUUUGCUCUCGUGUUAAAAAUGAAUUAAAGGAUAAAAGUGUACCAAUGGUAGUAUUUGCCAAAGGGGGUCACUAUGCUAUUAAACAAAUAUCUACAUUUGAAUACGAUGUAAUUGGUUUGGAUUGGACAAUAGAUCCUGUUGAAGCUAGGAAAGUUGUUGGUAAUAAUAAGACUUUCCAAGGCAAUCUAGACCCGUGCUCAUUGUAUGGUCCACCAAACCAAAUUAAAGAAAUGGUUAAAGACAUGGUGUCCAAAUUCACUAAGAAAAGAUACAUAGCAAAUUUGGGGCAUGGUAUAUAUCCUGAUGUUGAUCCGGAACAUUUAAAAGCCAUGAUUGAAGCUGUACAUGAAUGUUAAUUAAUGGAAAUGUUUUAUCAUGAAAUAAUAAAUUGUUAUUUGUACUACUUGAUUAGUACAUUUUGGGUUAA